UUUCUCCCUUCACUUUUGAAAAUGCUAAUGUUCGUUCAGUUUCAGCAGAAUUUGGAGGCUUCCAGUUCCCUUCCAUUCCUUAUGAUUUAGACUUUGCCAAUAAUAAUUUUGUUCGCGCCUACGUUGAUAUGUAUUCAGGUAUGGAUCUCGAUGCGUGGCCAAACUCUGAGCAAAGAACUCUUAGUAUCGGGAUGAAAGAAUUUUCAAAAUCUUCAUGCUUCUUUGUUAUACCUAUGACAUCCACCCUUGAGGAUACAAAUGGUUUAGAGCUCAUAAGACAAGGCACAACGACUGUUAGGUGUUUUUUCAACGAGCCUGUAAAAGAGGAGGGCUAUGAAAUGAUUAUCAUGGGUGAGUUUGACUCAAUUCUGUCCAUAAAUGCUGAUCGUGUUUUAAGCACUGAUGGAUCAGUAUGAAUACGCUGCAAAUUCAAACUAUUAUGCAAAAAUAUG